CGCUUUUGUUUUGUGCAGGACGGAAGUAGUACUGUGCCUCUUCAGUGUGGUCGCGUAGAUGGUCUCUGGUACCAGUGCGUAGCAAGACGCUUUGUGCGGAUCCGAGGAUCACACCGCCAAGAUGUCUCGGGGUUCUAUCGAAAUCCCGCUUCGGGACACGGACGAGGUCAUCGAGCUUGACUUCGACCAGCUUCCCGAAGGAGACGAGGUCAUCAGCAUCCUAAAGCAGGAGCACACGCAGCUUCACAUAUGGAUUGCCUUGGCGUUGGAGUACUACAAGCAAGGGAAGACGGAGGACUUCGUAAAGCUCCUCGAAGCGGCCCGCAUCGAUGGAAACCUGGAUUACAGGGACCAUGAAAAGGACCAGAUGACCUGUUUGGACACCCUUGCAGCCUACUAUGUACAACAGGCUCGCAAGGAGAAGAACAAGGAUGCCAAGAAGGAGCUGAUCACGCAGGCCACCUUGCUGUACACCAUGGCGGACAAAAUCAUAAUGUACGAUCAGAACCACCUGCUGGGUCGAGCCUGCUUCUGUCUGCUGGAGGGGGAUAAGAUGGACCAGGCUGAUGCGCAGUUCCACUUCGUUCUCAAUCAGUCCACGAAUAACAUCCCUGCACUUCUUGGUAAGGCCUGUAUCUCCUUUAACAAGAAAGAUUACAGAGGAGCUCUGGCCUAUUACAAAAAAGCACUUCGCACAAACCCAGGGUGUCCCGCGGAGGUGCGACUGGGCAUGGGUCACUGCUUCGUGAAGCUGAACAAACUGGAGAAGGCUCGGCUUGCGUUCGGCCGCGCCCUGGAGCUCAAUUCCAAGUGUGUGGGAGCCCUGGUGGGACUGGCUGUGCUGGAGCUCAAUAACAAGGAGGCUGACUCAAUCAAGAAGGGUGUGCAACUGCUGUCCCGUGCUUACACCAUAGACCCGAGCAACCCCAUGGUGCUCAACCACCUGGCCAAUCACUUCUUCUUCAAAAAGGAUUACAGCAAAGUGCAGCACCUGGCACUUCAUGCUUUCCACAACACGGAGGUGGAGGCCAUGCAGGCGGAGAGCUGCUACCAGCUGGCUCGCUCCUUUCACGUUCAGGAGGAUUAUGACCAGGCCUUCCAGUACUACUAUCAAGCGACCCAGUUCGCCUCCUCUACCUUUGUGCUGCCCUUCUUUGGUCUGGGGCAGAUGUAUGUGUACCGCAGGGACAAGGAGAAUGCAGCGCAGUGCUUUGAGAAGGUUCUCAAAGCCUACCCUAACAACUACGAGACAAUGAAGAUCCUUGGUUCUUUGUAUGCUACCUUGGAUGAUCAAGAGAAGAGGGAUGUGGCCAAGGGCCACCUGAAGAAGGUAACUGAGCAGUACCCUGAUGACGUGGAGGCUUGGAUUGAGUUGGCUCAAAUUCUGGAACAGACAGACAUCCAGGGGGCGCUGUCUGCAUAUGGGACAGCCACUCGCAUAUUGCAGGAGAAAGUCCAGGCUGAUGUUCCCCCCGAGAUUCUUAACAACUUGGGGGCUCUGCACUUCAGAUUGGGCAACCUGGGUGAAGCCAAGAAAUAUUUCCUGGCCUCCCUGGAACGGGCAAAAGCUGAGGGCGAGCAUGACGAGCACUACUACAACGCCAUCUCCGUCACCACCUCCUACAACUUGGCCCGGCUCUACGAGGCCAUGUGCGAGUUCCACCAGGCCGAGAAGCUCUACAAAAACAUUCUGCGCGAGCACCCCAACUACGUCGACUGUUACCUGCGCCUCGGGGCUAUGGCUCGCGACAAGGGCAACUUCUACGAAGCUUCCGACUGGUUCAAGGAGGCCCUGCAGAUCAACCAGGACCACCCAGAUGCCUGGUCCCUUAUUGGGAACCUCCACCUGGCAAAGCAGGAGUGGGGUCCGGGCCAGAAGAAGUUUGAACGUAUCCUGAAACAGCAAUCGACGCAGAACGACACGUAUUCCAUGUUGGCGCUGGGAAAUGUUUGGCUGCAGACGUUGCACCAGCCCACCAGGGACCGUGAGAAGGAAAAGCGGCACCAAGAUCGGGCCCUGGCAAUCUACAAGCAGGUCCUACGCAAUGACUCGAAGAACCUCUACGCUGCCAACGGCAUCGGUGCCGUCCUGGCUCACAAGGGCUACUUCCGCGAAGCCCGGGAUGUCUUCGCCCAGGUGAGGGAGGCGACGGCGGAGAUCAGCGACGUCUGGCUUAACCUGGCGCACAUCUACGUGGAGCAGAAGCAGUACAUCAGUGCGGUGCAGAUGUAUGAGAACUGCCUGAAGAAGUUCUUUAAGCACCAGAACACGGAGGUGCUCCUCUACUUGGCCCGGGCCCUUUUUAAGUGUGGGAAGCUGCAGGAGUGCAAGCAGACCUUGCUGAAGGCCCGACACGUGGCCCCUAACGACACAGUACUGAUGUUCAACGUGGCGCUGGUGCUGCAGAGGCUGGCCACGCUGGUGCUGAAGGAUGAGAAGAGCAACCUGAAAGCUGUGCUGAGUGCGGUCAAGGAGCUGGAGCUGGCCCACAGAUACUUCAGCUACCUGAGCAAAGCGGGAGACAAGAUGAGGUUCGACCUGGCUCUAGCUUCCACAGAGGCUCGGCAGUGCUCGGAUCUGCUGAGCCAGGCGCAGUAUCAUGUGGCUCGGGCCCGGAAGCAGGAUGAGGAGGAGAAGGAGCUCCGUGCCAAGCAGGAGCAGGAGAGGGACCUCCUGCGGCAGCAGCUGAUGAAGGAGCAGGAGGAGAAGCGCAACAGGGAGGCUGAGGAACAGAAGAAGCUGCUGGAGCAGAGGGCCCAGUAUGUGGAGAAGACCAAGAACCUCCUAACAUUCUCCGAGGGCAUGAAGGAGCCAUCCAAGGAGAAGAAGAAAAGCAGUUCUGGAAGGCGCAAGAAGGGGGGCGACAUGGAUGACUUUGUCAACGACGACUCCGACGAAGACUUGCCCAUGAAGAAGAAGAAGAGGAGGAAGGGCGGAAGCGGGAGUGAGCAGGAAGUGGAGGACGAGGAGGGUGAGAGGAAGCCACGCAAGAAGAGGAGAAGAUCUGUGAAGGGAGGCGACGAAGGCAGUGAGGAUGAUGAACAGGCAUCCCAGUCCAAGAAGCCACGCAAGGCCAGGGAACGAAAGCGAAUUGAGAAGGUUAAGCCAGAGAGGAUGCCACAGUCUCUCAAAGGGAAGAUCAAAUCCAAGGCCAUCAUCUCGUCCUCGGAUUCCUCCUCCGAUGAGGAUGGCCUGAAAAUCGCUGAGGACAGGAUCCCCCGGGACAGCGGCUCCGGCUCUGAAGAGGAGUCGUCGCACAGGAAGCGCAUCGCGUCGGACAGCGAGUCGGACGGAGGGCGGGAUGGUGGCAGUGGCAGCGAGGCCGGGAGCCCACGGGAGAUGGCCGACUCUGAGGACGACUCGGGCAGCGACAGGCCGGUGAAUCGGAAGCGGCUGCAGCCACAGUCCGACUCAGAGCAGUCUGACAAUGAGAGCAAGAGGAGCCGCUCAGAGGCCUCCGGGGAGGACUCGCGGCCCAACUCGCCUGUCGCGGACUCGGACAGGGGCUCGGACAGGGGCUCGGACAACGAGGGCUCGCCACGUAGAUCUGACAAUGAAUCUGAACCAGAGCACUCCAACAACGAGGCGUCCAAUCCGGGCUCCGACGACGACAGUGACUGAGGGCCGGACGUAUUCUCCUCACCCCUCACAUAAAGAGAACCUUUCGACAGUAACCCAUUUUUUUUUUUUUUUUUGCAUUAUUCUACUGAAAUAAUCACGUGAAACAAGGUGAUGUGCCACAUUUGGAGUUCUGAUAACGUUUCUGUUUAAAUUGUACGUCGAGCUCCAAUCUCACCUCAUUCUUUCUAGAUUUCUUUUGUAGUUUUUUUUUUUGUUGUUAAUGAGUUAUGGGCGUCGGACCUGUGUUGUGUAUAUUAAAAGCUACACCCAAUUAAGAUGCCAAAUUCUUUUCAGAACUUUUAGAACAAUAUGAACUGUUAUGUAGGCAAUAAAAAUGGAUAAAUGAACCAUU